AAUUGAGAUCUAUAAGAAUAGAUUAAUUGAUAACAAAUAUUUUUAUUUGUUUUCCUAAUUAUUAAUGAAAAAUAAAGAUGGACAGACGUGUAUUUCUAGUGUUAACAUGUGUGUGUUUUCUUGUAAAUGUAGCAAAAGUAUUGGCUACCCAACAAACUAGUGAACUAAAUAGACGAGGUGCUGAUGACUGUAAACCUGCUGUUGUGGCUCAUCGGGGCGCCAGUGGUUAUGUUUCAGAACACACUCUCGGUUCUUACGCUUUAGCCAUAACAAUGGGAGCUGACUAUGUAGAGCCAGACCUUGUAAUAACAAAAGAUGGUCAUCUCAUUGCAAGGCAUGAAAACGAACUAGGAGUCUCAACCGAUAUAGCCCAACGUCCUGAAUUUGCUUCACGGCGACGAACACAAAGAGUCAGCGGAAGUCUAGUGAACGGGUGGUUUUCAGAAGACUUUACACUUGCAGAAAUAAAAAUUCUAAGAAGUACAGAACCCAUGCCCAUCACAAGGAGGGCUAACACUCGAAUGGAUAGAUCGUUAGACGUACCGACGUUUCAAGAAAUAAUCAAUUUGGUCAAAGCUCUAGAAAAAGUAGAGAAUCGCUCUAUUGGCGUCUAUCCAGAAUUGAAAUACAGUAGCCAUUUUCAACGCCUUGGAUUACCAAUGGAACAGAAAGUGGUUGACAUUUUUCAUAGAAAUGGAUACAUCGGAAGGAACGCUCCUGCUUUCAUUCAAUCUUUCGAAGUCAGCAAUCUGAAAGAACUGAAAAAUAUUACCGAAAUUAGAUUAGUUCAAUUAUUUGACGCAAAAUCUAAGGUACCAUUCGAUCAGUCUGAACUAGGGAACAAUCUCACUUACGGACAAAUGGCAACUCCAACUGGACUUGCAGAUGUAGCUAGUUACGCUUCUGCCGUGGGACCGGCAAAAAGCUAUAUUAUUCCUAGAGAUGCUUUUAACAACUUGGGGCAACCGACGAGCUUUGUCAGCGACGCACACGCUGUAGGUUUGCAAGUAACUCCCUGGACAUUUCGCGCUGAAAAUUUAUUUUUGCCGCGAGAAUUUCAAAUUGGUAAUAAUAUUUAUGAUUUUGGAGAUCUAGAAAACGAAAUAAAAGCGUUUAUAGACGCUGGUAUAGAUGGUUUUUUUGUCGAUCAGCCUGAUAUACUAGUUCGUGUAAGAGGUCCUUGUUAAGUUCCCUAUUGAUAAUAAUAAAACAUAAUUGUUUAUGUGUUAAGAUUAAACCUUAAUAAAAGUAUUAAUUUCUACUUACCCUAUUCUAAAAAGUAGCAACUUAUCUUGUAUUCAAUACACGAUCAAUAGCAUGAGACUCAUAAGUAGGUUAAGUCAUUAUUUAUUGCAGUUUAGGUAAUGUGGUUAAAAAAAUUACGUUAGGAACACGUAGCCUAACCGAACUAAAAUAAAACUGAAAGUAAUAAGUUAAAGGCAAUGGUUAUUUUUUUUUUUUUGUACAAGUGCCAAUUAUAACUUUGAUUAAUAUUUUCAAGGUUCGUUCGUUCGGAUAAAUUAUUAUGCAUGUGAUCAAUAUGGCGGUAUUAUAGCGCCAUUUUAAAUGUGAAAUUACGUAAACCGUUCGGCAGACGUGUUUUCUAUAUAUUAAAUGUUAGUAAUUGU